AUGUCGGAUUAUGAUUCUGACAUAGAAUUUGAAUAGUGUUUUAUAGAUGAUGGGGUAACUUAAAUUCUAUUGAUUCUAGCUAUCUAAUUGGAUAAGAAAUUGCUAUAUAAAAAAUUAUAAUGUAGACAAAAUUCUCUGUAGAUUAAAUUAAGAAAAAUAAUUAGAAAAGAAAUUGGAAUAUCUUCAUCCAAAUCAUCAAUAAUUCGAUUCUUAUUAUUAUUUAAUUAAGUAAAUAAACUAAAACAUCAGAUAAUAUCAAAGUAUCGAUCUAUACUUAGAAUUAUUAAUAAAAUCUCAGAGUUUUUCAAAUGAAAUUUUAGAGAGAUGUCAUCUAAUAAUAACUUAAACAGACUCAAUUUAUAAUUUAUAGAGUAAAAUUGAAGAGCUAUUUCAAAUAUUUUAUUGCUUGAAAGAUAUUGAUAUGAAUAUCUUAAAGUAAUCAAAUAUUUCUUUAAUAUUCUCUUUAUGUAGGAUUAUCAAAAUGGAUUACCCUAAAAAUGAAUUCAAAUCAUUCAUUCAUUAAUUCAAUAAUUUUCUUAGGUUAAUAUAAGCAAAUGCUCAAAAGUUUUAAUAUAAAAAUACUCCUGUGUAUCCAGUAUCUUUAGAAUUUAUAUAAUUUAAAGGUGAAAAUAAAUAAAUCUUUGGAGAACUUCCAGAAUUAGAUACAAAAGAGAAAUCUCUAUUAAAAUACUUAGAUUAACACUUUAAUAUUUUAAGAGAAGACUAUAUAUAUAUUAUGAGAAAAUCAAUAAGUUAUUUAUCUGAAACAGGAUUUUAUAACUCCAUUAAAAGUGAAUACCUUAAUAAUAUAGGUUUAUAUUAAAAUAUAAAUUUAAUAUCAUUUGAAAUGAACAAUUAUGAUUUAUUAUGGAAAAUAUCUUUAGAAUAAUUUGAUUUAGAUGGACGAAAAUAUAAAAUUAUUGAUUGGAAUAGAUCAAAAAAAUUAAGUCGAGGUUCUCUGAUUUGUAUAACUAAUGUUGAAUGCCAUCCUUUACUUUUUGGUGUAAUUACUUAAAGAAGCACUAAUUAAGAUAACUAUUAGAAUUAAAAUAAAAUUAAUUUAGAAUUUCGAUUUCUGAAUCCAAAAUCAUAAAUAAUGGAGUUCUUAAUUUUAUUAAAUUAAAACUCAAUUUUAAUUGAAUAUUAAACUUAAAUUGAGCCAUGUAUUUAUUUUUUAGAAUAAUUAAAAAAAAUAGAAAAAUUACCCUUUGAUAAUUUGAUUCUCAAAAAUUAGAAUAAAGUAUUUCAUCCAAAAUAUCUUCAAUAAAAUUCAUUAUAUUAAAUAGAUUUAUCAGAAUAAAAUAGAUAUUAUCGGCAAAAAAUUGAUGUGUUAAACGAAAGUUGGCCUGAUAUGGAAUCAACUUUGGAUAAUUCAUAAUUAAAAGCUAUAAAAUUAAUUCUUUCAAAAGAAGUAGCUUUAAUUAAAGGACCUCCAGGAACUGGAAAAACUUAUUGUGGUGUUUUAGCUGUUAGAAUUUUAUGUGAAAAUUUGAUGCAAAAUAAUUUUCCUAUUUUGAUAGUUUGUUCGACAAAUCAUGCUUUAGAGAAAUUCCUGGAGAGCCUUAUUUAAUAUGUUUCAUCCAGAGAAAUAGCAAAACUUGGAGCAAUUCCUAAAUCUGCUGCUCUUAAAGAUAUCCAUUUUUAAUAUAGAUCAGAAAUUCAAUUUAAUUGGAAUUAGUUCAAAGAACUCAAAAAUUAAAUAAGAAUAAUUUUCAAUAGAUUAAGUUAAUAUGAUUAUUUUAUCAAUCCGAAAGAUAUUUAAAGAAUUCUGGCCUGAAUUAAGUCAUAAAUUAAUUCAUAAUUUUCUUGAUGAUAUUAAUUUGGAUAAAUCAUAAAUUGAUGUAAAUUAUAUCUUAAAUUGUUGGAUUAAAGGAAACCGUCCAAACUGUUCAAAUUUUUAUGAUUAGGAAGAACUAAGAGGAAUGCAUAAAUAUUUUAAGAAUUAUAAAAUCACUGAAUCAGUUCAUACAAAUAAUAUUUUUGAAAAAGUUUAUGAAUCGUAUGUUGAUGAUUAUUACAGUGAUGAAUAAGAUGAAGAUUUAGAUAGUUUAGGUAGUUUUAUAGAUUUUGAGGAUGAAUAUUAAGAAGAUGAAUUUGAUUUUCAAUAAGAAAAUGAAAUUAAAAUUAACUACAAUAAAUUACAAUUACAUUAUAAUUUUGAUGGAAUUGAAGAGAUUUAGAAACAAAUAUAAAAAUAAACAUUUAAUCCUUGGGAACUUAAUUAUUAUGAUAUAUAGUAAAUAAUUUAAUAUUUGAAGUUUCUCAAAUAUAAGAAAGAUUGUUUAUUAUUUGAAGAUAAAUAUAAAUAAUUUAAGGAAAUGUCCCAAACUUUAAAAAAUCUUUACGAUGAUGAAGAAAUUAAAAAAUUGAAUCAAUACAAGAUUAUUGGAGUAACAGUAUCUAGUGCAGCAAGACAUUUAUCAAAAUUAUAAUAACUAAAUUCAAAAGUUUUAGUAAUAGAAGAAGCUGCAGAAGUGUUAGAAUCCCAUAUUGCAUGUAUUUUGAUGAAAAAUUUAUAACAUCUUAUUUUAAUAGGAGAUCAUAAUUAAUUAGGCCCUUAAUUAAAAUGUUAUGAUUUAAAAAUUAAAUAUAAAGGAAAUAUUUCAUUAUUUGAAAGAUUUUAUAAAAAUAAGAUUCCAUAUGUAGAAUUAACUUUUUAAAGAAGAAUGAAAACUAAAUUUGCUGAUUUUAUUAGACUUAACUAUGGAAAACAAUAUUAAGAUCAUAGUUAUGUUGAAGAAAAUAGAAAUAAUUUAGAUAUUAUAGGUUUAGAACAUGAUUUAUUGUUUUUUAAUCAUUCUUGGUUAGAAAGUGAAGAUAAGAAAUCAAAAGAAAAUAUUUAAGAGGCUAAAAUGAUAUUGUAAAUGGUUUAAUACCUGGUAAAAGUUGGAUAUGAUUAGUAAUAAAUUAGUGUUCUAUCAUUAUAUUCAAGGCAAGUUAACAUUUUGUAGAAAUAUUUUAUAAAAUAAUCAUUAAACCAAGUGAUUGUAUAGACUGUUGAUAAUUAUUAAGGGGAAGAAAAUGAUAUUGUGAUUAUUUCAUUAGUUAGAAAUAAUUAAAAUAAUUAAAAUCAACUUGGAUUUUUAGGAGAUGAGAAAAGAAUUAAUGUUGCUUUAUCAAGAGCAAAAAUAGGUCUUUAUGUAUUUGGUAACUUUGAUUUCAUUAAAGCCGUCUCAAGUAAUGUUUCUUUGUGGUAAAAAAUACUUGUUUUGGCAGGAACUAAGCAAUGUUUAAAAGAUUCUAUAACUUUAAAAUGUUUGACUCAUUCUACAUUAAGAAAUGUUAAAUAACCAAAUGACUGGUCUAAAUUUGAAGCAGGAUGUUGUGAUAAGAUUUGCAAUUUAAAUUUGAAGGAUGUAAUCACAUAUGCCAAAAUUAAUGCCAUUUAGGAAAUCAUUCUAGAGAUUAAUGUCCAGAAUAAUGUCAAUAAACACUAAAAUGCGGUCAUACUUGUGAAUAAAAGUGUAGAGAUCAAUGUAUCUGCACUAAACAGCUUGAAAUAUUACUUGAUUGUAACCAUAUGGCUUUUAUAGCUUGUGGUAAGAAUCCUGCAGAAGUAGUUUGUUAAGAGGAUAUAAAAUUAACAUUUAAUGAAUGUUAACACAUAGUUAAUUACAAGUGUUUUUAAAGGAAAAAUAUUUCGCUUAAAUGUCAAUAUCAAUGUGAAAAAGUUGUAAAUUGUGGUCAUAAUUGUAAAAGGUUAUGCUGGGAGAUUUGUUAACCUUGUGAAGAAAAAUGCAUAAAAAUUAACAAUUGUGGGCAUAAGUGUUAAAAUUUGUGUUAUGAACAAUGCUCUCCUUGUAAAGAAAAAUGCAUAAAAAUUAACAAUUGUGGGCAUAAAUGUUAAAGUUUGUGUUAUGAACGAUGCUCUCCUUGUUAUUAAUAGGUUCCUAUCCAACUUUAUUGCGGAUAGCAUUAUAUUUAUAAAAAUUGCUUUGAAAUUCAAAUUUUUUUAAUUUUAAUUAAAAAUAUAACUCCUUAUUUUCUUAAAUCUAGAAUUGGUUAAAAUUACUUAAAUCAUUUAUUUAGAAAAUUAGCUGAAGGUUGUAGAGAUUAUCUUUAAAUUUUUGAAUAAAAAUAUGAAUUUAAUUGUAGAUCUCCUUGUUAAAAACCAAGAGAAUGUGGACAUAUUUUUUAAUGCAAGAAUUUAUGUUCUUAAGAAUGCACUCCAUGUGAGUAGAGGAUUUCGAUUACUUUAGAAUGUGGUCAUUAAUAUGAAGUUUUAUGCAAUAAUAUAAAUAAUUUCUUAAGAAACUUCAAAUGUAAAAAAAAAUGCAUAAGAUAGUACUAAUGUGGGCAUAACUAAAAAUGUAAGUAGUUAUGUUUUGAAUAAUGUACACCAUGUCAAGAAACAGUUAUAAAAUAAUUCAAUUGUGGACAUUCAGUAAGAACAUAAUGUUUUAAAAAUUAUAUUUGUAGAAAAUAAUGUAUAAGAAAAAGAGAAUGUGGUCAUUAAAAUCCUUGUCUUAAUAAAUGUGAUUAAUAAUGUUCUCCUUGCUAAAUUAGUGUUAAAAAAACUUUGGCUUGUGGACACUAGAUUAUGACUGAAUGUUCUUCUACAGAUUUGCAGUGUUAAAAGAAAUGUUAGAGAUAAAGACCAUGUGGACAUACUUAUCCUUGCUAUAAUUAUUGUUAUCAGCCUUGCAGUCCUUGUUAAUAGUAAAUUCUUAUCACUCUAUCUUGUGGUCAUUAGAUAUAUAUUGAAUGCUAAUACUAAGAAUAUUAUGGGAAUAACUUAUAUUGUCGAGCUUGUUAGUCUAACUUUUUUUGA